ACUCUUCGCUUCUCUGUUCACUUCAUUUAUCACUACAUACUCUCAUUCGGGGCCGGCCAUGUUCUCGCCCGACGCGGUACGCGAGUGCAGCCAGCGUGUGGCCAAGCGCUUUCCCGUGUACUUCGUGUGGUUCCUCCUCGCCGGGCCAUGGCUCAUGUUUCUCUACUUUAUCAGCAUCGACCGCAUCCUAGCGCGUGGUGACGUGCUACAUUUCAUUAUUCAAAUCGUGAUAUUUCACACCCUCCUCCUCCUCUCCGGUAUUGCCUACGUUGGUGCCACGGCCCGCCGCCCUCUUCGCCCAGAUGCGACUCUCGCGCCUCCCGAUGCGCGGCCGCUCAGGCCCGAUGACCCGCCGCGCACCCUCGGCACGCAUAUCGACGACGAUGACAUCCCUCUUCGCAUCCUGCGCGACUCGCCGCGUUUACAGGAGCAGGCUGAGUCGAGUCACCGCAUUGCUCGUGCUCAAGAAGCCGCGGGUGAGGGAGACGGCGAGGAGGAUCAGAGUCUGUUGCCCAAGGACGACGAGGAGACCCACGCCCCUCUCAUGGCGAAGAGCGGCACGGGCGGCCCGCGAUGGUGCAGAAAGUGCGAUGCGUGGAAGCCGGACCGGUGUCACCACUGUCGGAGUUGUCGGCAGUGUGUGCUCAAAAUGGACCACCACUGCCCCUGGCUUGACAAUUGUGUUGGCUACCACAACCAGAAGUCCUUCGUCCUCUUCACAACCUACACCUGCCUCUUGGCACUGUAUGGUGGGCUGGAGGCGGCCCAUGAGACUUUCCGGUUCUUCAAUGACCCACCGCCUGACUUCACGCCUGGGCCAGACGCCGCUCAGCAAUGGGACGAGUGGGAGGAAAUACACGUGGCAUUCAAGCCGGUCGCACUGCUAUUGAUUGCGAUCAUGGGCGUGGCAUUUGGACUGGCGGUGGGCGGGCUGGCCGGGUAUCACUGGUACUUGGUGCUGAAUAAUCGGACCACAUUGGAGGACAUGAACCGACUCCCUCCCGCUGCCCUACUCGACCCCGACACGCGCGCGCGCCUUGAAGCCCUCGGCGAACGUGGCUCCAGACAUCGCACACCCGGCGCCUGGCGGCCUGACCACAUCCUGACGCGGAAUGAACGGAACAAGCUGCGCGACGAGGCUCGCUCCAUCAAUGUCUACAAUGUUGGGUGGCGGAAGAAUGUACGUUCCGUGAUGGUGGGGGAUGGCGUUCGCGCCGCUACGUCAUGGCGUGAGUUGGCCGACAACAUUGUGAGAGGUGCCAAUCCUCUCGCACCGCCGAGGAGGAAGCGACAUGGGCCUGGGCACUUCUUCCCGCAUGACUCGGCGACACUUGAGCGCCUUCGAGCUCUCACGCGAGAAAUGCGGGUUGGAUUGGGCGAGGGUGGUGAUGAGCCCGAGCCAGAGCCCGAAUUGUAUA